CGCGUCUGACGCUGCGAAUUCCUCAUAGUCUCUGACGCCACCCGUUGUAUCCUAGCGACAACGUAGACCUCGCCCUUAGGGCUCUCUGCAGGCCCAUUGUCAUCCUCGAAGAGAACUCCAAAGGAAGCGAGACGGAGAGGGAGUUUUCGAAGGAAUAAGGGGCAAGGCUAACAGGUGCAGGGGGCGGGGUCGAACCGCCCUUGAUCUUUCUCGAGACAGGUGCGUUGGGCGCAUGCGCAGUGAGUUUCCUCAUGACAGCAGGCCGAGCCCGGGUUCCUCGUGGAAGGAGUGACUCAACCCCGCCUUUCAGGGCACAAUUAGGAGUCAAGCCUGCACCUGAAGCCAUGAGUACAAAUAGCCAGUGGGAUGUGAACAAAACACUGACUCUUGCGAGCCUUUUCCAUUUACUCUAUGGGGCAGGCAAUGCCUGCACAAUCCCCUUUUUAACUCUGUACUUUCGGCAGCUGGGGUUGACUGCACCAUUAGUAGGGAUUAUCAUAGGGCUGAAACACUUAAUCACUUCCCUUUGGGCUCCUCUGUGCUCCUAUCUAGCAAAAACCCACAAUAAAAGGAAAGUUCUCAUUGUUGGGUCUCUGUUGUGCUCAGUUGGAGCAGGUUUACUUCUUACUCUUGUCCCACCUCUGAGCGCGGACAUUGCCUAUAAAUUCUGUAAUGUGAGCCAACGCUCAGGGAAACUACUGACUGCCACCCAGAAGCCUGAAGUUACUACAAAUGGUCUGAGUAUGCUGAAUUUCAGCCCCAUCACUGAUAACAAAAUACUGUCUGAUGGAUCAGUUGGAAUGGCCUCUGUUGAUACCGUUACUGCUGGAAUGCCAACAACAGCACAUACAUCAUUAAAAGACUCCUCCUCUGUAAACAGUCAAGACAUUGGCAUUAAUACUAAUAAAUUGCAGUUCACUGAUGGCUUUUCAGGCGAGACAUCUACUUUUGAGAAUGACAUUGCCACAACAGAACAACACUCAAAGAUUCUUCCCGUGGAAGGGUCUGCAAAGGCAACUAGAAGCUCCACAAGCAGCAUUGUGAAUAUUACGAAGAGUUUUGAAGAAGGUGGCUCAUCAGAGACAACUGUUUUCUUCGCUCUUCACACAGACCCAGGACCAUUUACAGAGACUUCCUACAUUUUGAAAAACCUAUCAGGCCGAUGGGGAAGAGCACAGGAUGUAAGUUCUCAGCUGCUGCAAGGCAUUGACUUCUUAAACAGGGAGCAUCAGGUCUUUCUCAUGGUUCUAGGUGCUGUUGUGCUUUGGGAGCUUCUGGCAGCGCCUCUUGGGUGGAUGGUGGACGACAGCCUCUAUGAGUACCUUGAUUUUGUUGAUGCUGCAGACAAAUAUGAGAAUCUUUGGAUCUGGAACUACUUGGGAGCAUCUGUGGCAGUCUGCGGCGUAUCAGUAUUUGUGGAUCAGCUGAGCUGCUUCUUGAGCACAAAUAUCCCACGGUUUGCAGUACAUUUUUAUGGCUAUGCCUUACUGAUAACCUUAACAUUACUUGUCAGUGUCUUCUUCCCCAUCCCUAAGUCCCAAAACAAUGAACAUAUAAAUAAAACGGGCAAAGUUUUGAACCUUAUUGGGAAUGAUGGCCAAACCAUCCUGUGUGCUGUCACUGUCUUCCUCACAGGGGCCAUUGACUCAGCUGUGCAGAACUUUCUUUUCUGGCAAAUGCAAGACCAGGGCAGCAGUGAGCUAAACAUGGGCCUUGCAGUGGCCAUUGGACUGAUUGCUGAAAUUCUGCUGUACAUCUUCAAAAGCAAGUUGCUAAAGGCACUCUCGGGCACUGGCACAGUCGCCUUGAGCUUAAGCUGCCUGGCCUCGCAGCUGCUCUACUACUCAUUCCUGUGGAACGCCUGGGCAGUCCUGCCAAUCCAGAUCCUCUGUGCCUUCAGCCACGGUGCUUUGUGGUGGGCUGUGAACAUGUUAACAGAUGACAUUGCCACUCCUGGCACAGAGAGAUCUCUGCAUCUAGUUUUACAAGGCCUCUCUUGUGGAUGUGGAGCCAGUCUGGGCAGCUUUGCAGGAGGGUUUGUUGUGAACAGUUUUGGCCUGGCAGUGCUUUACAGAGCAUGCUCCAUCACUUUAGUUCUCUGGCUAACAAUGUUCUUGAUUGUCCAUUCCAAAUUGCCACGGCAGAAGAAAAUUAACUAUUCCCGUCUGCUGGCUGCGGAUUCGAGUGAUGUGAGUGACUCUGAUGAUGAUAAAGAAAGAGACUGGCUAGUGAAAGCUAUGAAAGACGAAAACUUCAGUAGGAACUGGUGACAGUCUUACAUUUCUUCAGUUUGUUGGCCAAAAUCCAGACCUAGGAGAAACAGGAUGCAUUGAUGAGAAAGAAAGCAGAACUGUGAACAUGGAAUCUAUAAAACGAUUCUACUACCGGUUGGAUUUACAAUGUACGUAUUUUCUCAGAAGGCGAUUAUAAAGAUUUUAUAAAGAUUUAUUUUCUCAAACUUAAUUUAUUGUAAAUAUUUGUAGCAAUUUUACUUUUCUAAAAUUUACAUUUCCAAGAUCCAGGGAAAAGGGAUAUUGAAUAGUCCGGUAAAAAGCAAUUAACUGUAGUCUUCCAGAUUAUUGUUAUACUUUUAGAGACAUAGCAAGCUGUACUGGAGGUUGUAAUUCAUAGUGAUCAAAUCAUUUUUGUGUGAAAACUAGGAACCAGGAGGUUGCUUUGCCUGUGAACUGCACUCUUUGGGCAGGAGAAGUAAAGAAAGAAACUAUUCUGCUAGCUUUUUACAAAGCUAGCUGCCCUUGUGAGUAUAAGAGCACUUUCCAGAAACAGGCUCUGGUUUGGGAGUGAUUGUGUUUAAAUACUCUUACAUAUGCUUUAUUGCUGGCAACCACCCAGUUUCCUUUCAAUCAGUAUUUUUAGAAGGAUAAGAUAUACACUUCUGAUCUGUCUGUCAUAGUUUUAACACAAAAAGCACAUUUUUGCUUUCUUAUACCUGUAGUGCAAAUAUAAAAAGCUAAUUGACUAGAAUUCACAUGCAGCUUACAAAUGGCGAUUUUUUUGCUUUCAGUUCUGCAUCAACAACAUUCACAUAUAACAUAAAUAGCACAAAGGCUGAGAAGCACUUUUAUUGUCAUGUAGGAGUCAGUCAGUGCCAUACCUUUUUCAAGCACACAAUGGAAGUGGGAGCCAUUUUUUCAGAAUAUACUAAUGUUCUUCAACUGAGCUGUGUAUACUGAAGGAUUUUGCAAGUACUUGAGGUAUGAAUAUGUGAAACAUACAGAAAUAAACGUAAACUCAUCUGCUUUGA